UUUGGAGGUCCUCGCUGUGCUCAUCGCGUACCGCUUCGUCGCGAAUAUGAAGAGUUUGGCUGCCCAGAACGUCCCGAAGUAUGUGCGAAGCUUUUCGAUGAUGGUCGAUGUGAUGAGAUAUGCAACCGAGAGUCUUGCUUGUUUGAUGGCUUCGACUGCGCAAAGCGCAAUGAUAUUGCAUGCAGGAAUCCUUCUGAGUGUGCAUAUAAGUAUGGGGAUGGUAAUUGUGACGAGCAGUGUGCAGGAGCAGAAUGUGGGUUUGAUGGGGGUGACUGCGAAGAACAAGCGAGUACAGCUAACAGUGACGGAAACAUGAUUGGGGUAGCGGUUGGGGUGCCGCCAGAUGUAGCUGUCAAAAACCUCAGGCAACUACAGGCCGAGCUGGCACAACGUCUAUUCACCCAUGUAAGCAUAGCUAAAGAUAACGAAGGGCUUAUGGUGUUUGAAUGGAGCAUUGACGACGGGCAAGGUAGUCGAAUCUCUACCAUCGACGAACAGCUAGUAGCGAGUAAUAUGGACGUCACAGCAAAUGGCACCAUGGUGUUUUUCGAUAUUGAUACCUCUGCCUGCCGACUUCUCCGUCGUCGAAAUCAUGCUAAACCUCAGUGCUUCACUGAUCUCCGCCCUGCAACCACAUACCUGACUCUGGAGUUAGCACGCACGCGGCAUUUUACCGGACAAACUUUACCGAUACGAGACAUCACUUGGAGAAAGUAUCGAGCAGAGGUUAGUGCUUCUUGA